AUGGCUUCCAAGGUCUCAAACAAGCCUAUGUUUACAUCAACGUCCAUAGCUGAUGCAGCUACGUGGUAUUGUGCCCUAGUCCUUCUUGCCCUAAUACUGUUUACUUCUUUAAGAGAAGCAUCUCCCACAUACGAUGAUGAUCAUCACCAUGAUAUUGUUGCUGUCAAGGGCAAUCAUGUAUUGGACCGACCGUGCGAUGAAAUUUAUAUUGUAAAGGAAGGAGAAACCCUUCACACCAUCAGUGAUAAGUGUGGUGACCCUUUUAUCGUGGAGGAGAAUCCUCAUAUUCAUGAUCCCGAUGAUGUUUUCCCUGGUCUAGUUAUCAAAAUUACUCCUUCAAGGUCUAGGAAAUUAUUGCUCUAG